UGCUCAGCUCCAGAUGUACGCGUGCGUGUCCAAGGAGAAUCUCCAUUUCUCCUUGGAGAAAGGAGAUGAAGAUUUGGGCGGUGGAUACAUCGUCCACGAUCUGUCGCAGCAGGUGGUCUUGCCUAGAUACCUUGCUUUCAAAGGUGACAACGGCAUGUACCUCUGCCCGCAGAUCAUCGAGCGCCAUGAAUACCUUCAGUUCUCAGCACGGGGCGUGGAUCAAGCCUUGGUCAACCGCGUCCACAGCAACCAGGACGGAACGUGCCGUAUAUGGUCGAACCACUUCGGCAGAUUCUGGCGGCGCAGCCCCAACUGGAUCUUCUGCGACUCCCCCGACGGCGCCACAAGCGGCGACGGCGUCGACGUCGACACGCUGUUCCGGGCAGUCAGUUUCGGCAGCUUCGUGGCGCUCCAGAGCCUCGGCAACAACUGGUACUGCAACAGGCUGACCACCGAAGGCAAGAAGAGCUGCCUCAACGCCGGGGCCCCAACCAUCACGGCGGAGGCAAGAUUACGGCUGGAAGAAGCCGUUGCUUCCCGUGAGAUUUACGACGUCGUCUUCGACCUCUCGCGGCCUAGAGUCCACGGGAAGACCCGCGUCGUCGGCAUGGCGGCUGCCUCUGCUCUCAACAACGCCGCCUCCGGCGACACGGCUCAACUCAGGCUAGAGUGCAGAGACACGGAGAAAAGGACCUGGGGUUCAAGUGUUACGGUGAACCUUGGUGUCGGGGCGAAGAUCCAUGCUGGCGUUCCGCGGAUCACCGCCGGUGGGAAUGUGGAGGUUACAGACGAGUUUAGUGGACCGUACAGCUGGGGAUCAUCCAUGGAGAAAGAAACAACCCAGGAUGUCGCCUACCAAGUCACCGUGCCCCCAAAGACUAGGGUAACGGUGUCCAUGGUGGCAACAAGAGCGUCCUGUGACGUUCCCUUCUCCUACAAGCAGAGGGACACACUGUUGGAUGGACAUCAAGUGACUCAUGAUAUGAACGAUGGCCUCUACAGUGGUCAAAAUUGCUUCGAUUUUGAGUUUGUAAUAACCAGCGAGGAAAAUAUCUAAUGUCAGUCUUAAUUGCUGAUGUGUGGAGUAUGGAUGAUGGUUUGACACAUAGGGUGGUUGUCCAGUGCGGCGAUGGUCGC